AUGGCACGGAGGAGCUUACACCAGAAGACUAUAUUUUGCUUUCUGUCAGCAGACCUGUUUCUUCACAAAGGAAAUGAGGUGAGAGAUCCAAAGUCUCUUACCACCAUUAGAAAACUGCCUCACCAUGUACGCGCCCCUGAUAAUGUGUCAUUAGGUAUUAAAUCUUUGCUUUUACAGCUUUAUUACCAACAGGUUGCUUUAGUGAUCGAGGAAGAAUUUUAUAAGAGAAAUGUGCUUUUGGGGAAGGCUUAUAUAUUUUCCAAUUUAUCCCUGGAUGAGCGUUGCCUUUCUGCCUCGUUGGUUUGCAAGUACUGGCGUGACCUUUGUUUAGAUUUCCAGUUUUGGAAGCAGCUGGAUCUUAGUAGUCGUCAGCAGGUCACUGAUGAAUUAUUGGAAAAAAUUGCAUCAAGAAGUCAGAAUAUAAUUGAAAUCAACAUUUCUGAUUGUCGCAGUAUGUCUGAUACAGGCGUAUGUGUUCUAGCAUUUAAGUGUCCUGGACUUCUUAGGUAUACAGCCUACAGGUGUAAACAGCUUUCUGACACUUCUAUUAUUGCGGUUGCCUCUCAUUGUCCUUUACUUCAGAAAGUUCAUGUAGGCAACCAGGACAAACUUACUGAUGAAGGACUCAAACAGCUGGGCUCAAAGUGCAGAGAACUCAAAGAUAUUCAUUUCGGCCAAUGUUACAAGAUCUCAGAUGAAGGCAUGAUCGUCAUAGCUAAGGGCUGUCUGAAAUUACAAAGAAUAUACAUGCAGGAAAACAAAUUAGUAACAGAUCAGUCAGUGAAAGCAUUUGCUGAGCACUGUCCUGAACUUCAGUACGUUGGCUUCAUGGGUUGUUCGGUUACUUCUAAAGGAGUCAUUCACCUAACCAAGCUACGAAAUCUUUCCAGCUUGGACCUACGUCAUAUCACUGAACUGGAUAAUGAAACCGUGAUGGAAAUUGUCAAGAGGUGCAAAAAUCUUAGCUCUCUCAAUCUCUGCCUGAACUGGAUCAUAAAUGACAGGUGUGUGGAGGUCAUUGCAAAGGAAGGACAAAACCUGAAAGAGCUGUAUUUGGUGUCCUGUAAAAUCACAGAUUAUGCACUGAUAGCCAUUGGCCGGUACAGCAUGACAAUAGAGACUGUGGAUGUUGGAUGGUGUAAAGAAAUUACAGAUCAAGGAGCCACCCUGAUUGCGCAGAGCAGCAAAUCUCUAAGAUAUUUGGGACUGAUGAGAUGUGAUAAAGUCAAUGAAGUGACAGUGGAGCAGCUGGUGCAGCAGUACCCCCACAUCACCUUCAGCACCGUGCUGCAGGACUGCAAGAGGACCUUGGAGAGAGCCUAUCAGAUGGGCUGGACCCCCAACAUGUCUGCUGCCUCCUCCUAACACUCCUGCUCCGCGUAGGUCCACUCGGAUCAGUCAGCAGGGCGGAGAGGAGCAGGAGAUUUGGGGCAGGCGAUUCCUUGGAAGGGUUUUAACUGUUCCACGUGUACGGGUGUACCCGAGUGUGUAUAUUUGUGUCUUGUUUGCAUACUGCAUAGCGUAAGCGCAAUUGCUAUUUGUUCCCAGGUGAGCUGGGGUUCUUUUUUUUUCCUUAAAAAUUAAAGAUUUAAAAAGCCACACACACCUUUUAGUUUUUAAGUUCAAAGACUUGUUUCUCUAAAAAUUUUUUCUUCCUAUAGAACCAAAAAAACAUCGGUCUAUUAUUUUGAGCUUCUAACUACUGCCUCUUGAAGAUGCCCCAAAAUAAAUGCAACUGUCUUGUCUUUUGAUGGGAUAGAAUCGUGCACUUCUGAUGAUCACCAGACCAGAAGUGAUGUUGCACUAAUUGGAAACCAGGAAACCAGUACCCUGCAAAAUUUCAAGCACGUACACACAUAUACGUUCUUACACUCCUUCAUAAACAUGCACACGUGCGUGCGUACACAAUUCCAGGGCAGUUUCUUUCUAGACCAUUUCUGACACAGGGGCGUUCCUCCAGGUCACUGAGGAAACAUGUCAUCCACUGUGGCUCUGCCUAACUCACUGUAUCCACAGAUGGUCAACUUGCUAUCUGGAGAUGAAUUAAGCCUUCGGUGAAGUUUUUAUAUGGAGGCAACGAUCUGAACUCCCCUGGCCAGCUCACAAAAGUUAAUUAUUCAUUAUUUUGCAAAUGUGUUCUGUUGAGUCCUGAAUAUUUCAGUGAAGUUUUGUGUUAACGUUGUGUUAGCUUUUAUUUCAUGGAUAGUAACUGGUCGAGAUAUAUUUUAAUGAUAUUUGGAGCUAACCUUAGCAUUCUCCACAUUAAAGGCACCAAUGUAAUUAAUAGUGUGCAGUUAUUUAAAAAACAACCCUACCGAUCAUUUAAUUAUUUUUUUGUUAAUUUUGGUAAUUAUGAACAUGUAUUUCUGAAAUUUGGAGGUAGUCACAUGAAUAGAAAAUUAAUGAGUGAGAUAUAAGUAGACAAUCUUCCUAUUACUUUCUUUUUUUCUUUUCUCUCUUUUUUUUGCUUUGCUUUGAGCUUUAGAACAGGUUUUAUGGAUAUAUGCAUGUUAUUUUUGAAUAGUUCUUGUGCUACUGCAAAGAUCUAUUGCUGGUUAAUGUAUAAGUUAAGAGGAAAAAAUUAGAAAGUCUUUUCAUUAAGAUUUUGUUUACACUUGUCAGAAAUAAGCAUUUCUUUGUUUAAAGAUUGCCAGCUUUCAGUUAAGACAAUAUGGAUAAGUAAAUGAAUAUGUGUUUUGAUUUCACACAUCUUUACAAUUAAUUCAUAGUAGGGACUCAGGCUCAAGUAAACUUGCCUGUGUCUAGAUUUAUAAUCAAGACCACAGGGAGCCUUUUUAAGCUAAAGAGUGAUUAUCUUUCACAGUAGAGCUAGAUACAAAACCCUGACUUGUGAGUUUGCUAUUUAUUCUCCCCCAAUGUGGACAUAACUGGGUUUUUUUGGUCUUUAACAGAUAUACUAAGGUUUGAGUUUCACUUUCUGUAAGCCCCAAUAUGGCUAAAAUGAUACUAGCUGUAAGAAACAAAAUAUAGCUUUACAUUCAAAUACUAUUCACUUAUUUAUAAAGACUCCUUUUUUGUAAACACUGUUUCCUUUGAUUACGUCAACAUGUUUCUGAUGUGGCAUUGUUUUGCUUUUAAUCCCAAUCAGUUAAGAAAAUCUACUUAGUAAGCACCAAGGGUAUUUUUUCCAUCACUAGAUAGAUUACUAAUUUAAUUUGAAAGGAAUACAAUUUGUGUAAGAUUAAAAACUGUUUAUUAUUAAUAAAAGAGUUCGUCUUGCACAUCAAAUAGUAUUGUUUUCAUAUUCAUUUCCCCACCACUGA